CACCAGCGCCAAGGAGUUGCCGAUUAACGCAUACAAUAGAUGGGAUAUUGGCGGUCACCGCGGAUCGGUCUGAAACCGACAACUGACCGCACCGGAUUUGCAACAUCUCGCUCGACGGAGUCCACAAGGCGACUGCUUUCUCCAACAAUGGCCGCCCCAGCGGCUGGUGCCGCAUACUUCGCAGCACAAGAUCUCGACCUCCCACCCUUCCCCUUCUCUCCGCCCUCGCCCAUCCAACCGGUACUCACACCCGCACCUCCUCCAUCCACAUCCGCAAUCACCGCACCUUCCACCACCUCUCCCCCUCCCUUCCAAACAAUCCCCACCCCCGACCCCUCCGGAAUCGACCGCUCAUGCCCCCUCUCUCUCAUCCCCUCGAACAUCCAGAUUCAUCGCAACACCUUCUUCGCCCUCGAUGCUCCCCUCUUGCUCUCCGCCUGGGCCUGGGACGCCUAUUGGUCGUACAUCGACAACGUGGGGUGUCUGCACGCGAAGCCCGGGUCGCGGCAUCCGUCGGUGAAGAAUGGGUUCGUGAGGGUGUACGGCGCGCGUAGGCUUUGGAGGAAGAGGCGCGAGGGUGAGGGGAAUGUGAAUGCGAAUAUGGAUGGUGGGGUGGAAGUGGAGGAAGCGGGCGACGGCGACGGGAAUGCGAAUGAGAGUUGGAAUGGGAGUGGGAAUCCAGAGGCGCCUCCCGCUGGAAAGCGAAAUGUACCCCGUCGCAUACACAAUGCAGGAACCUGUCCGGCAAAGUUUAGAAUGACGUUGUAUGAGGAUGGUCGACGGACGUUGGAGCGGACAAGCGUUGAAGGCCACACCCAUUUGCUGGACGAGGUGGAUGCGUUAAAAAGAAACAGUGGAGUGAGGGGUCUAUUGCUUGAGCCCGUGUUCGAAUUUUGGGAUCACACGUCCAUUCUGGCGUACCUGCGGGACGGCGCCGGUCGCAAUCGAGAUUACGGGGACCUCUUCAUCCAAGCGGGCGGUCUCUAUCUGGAUCAGAAGGAAGUCACAAACGUGAUGAUGCGCGGUAAAACGCGGCGUCUACCGCCGGGAGUCGCGCCCCCACCUGUUGGCUAUGUCCGGUCGCAAAUGGAAAGGUACAAGGGGCUCAUGGUCUGCACUUGUCGAGGUUGCCGUGAGCCUCUGUUUCCCGAUGUGAAAGCCUUGCUGGACCAUAGGAAAAAGAUCCAUGGAUUCAAGAGUCACGAUCAUAGCGGGGAGAGGUUUGUUUAUCCUGUGAGAGGGUGUAGAAGGAAAAAGAGGAGUCAGGGAUUUGUAAGCAGGGAGAGGUUGCUGAUGCACAUGAGCGGGAAGCAUGGGUGGGUGGAAGAAGGGAUGAUGGCGCAUGUUGACAGUCGAGAUGGAAAUGUGUAUUCGGAUAUGGAAGGGGGUUUUGUGACAGGAAGUGAUGAUGAUGAUGACGAAGCGAACGAGGAGGAAGAGGAUGCGGAGGGUCAGGAGGAGUUUGAGCACAACGUGCAUCCUCUAUUGACUGAGCAUCCGACAAUACAGGAGCAGGAGCCGCCGAUUACGCCGGCGAGUUCAACCACUUCGGACGCUAAUCAGCAUAGUCAAGUGCUUUAUUCGAUGCAGCAGCAGCAUCAUCAUCCCGUCUCCAAUCUUGCCGGUGGACUUCCACGAACACUGACCCUGGCUCAGAAAAGACAAGGCCAAGCCCGGAUUCAGAGCCUCAUGGCUCGGAGAGAGAAGCUGGACGCAGAGAUUGCCGGCCUGCAUGCCAUCAUCAAUGAAGCCGACAAUGUACAACUUGGAGCGAGGCCUGGCCAGAAUGGUUCGUCACGAAUUCUAGACCGCUGAAUCCUGUGCAGAUAAACAGUGAUGAUUGAGUUGUCUUCAGCAGCCCGUACCACGUGUUCCGUUAAAGGCUCCAAAGGGGGAGAGGCCACUCCCUAGCCGACACGGUCUUGGGCCUAUGUCAAAGCAGCACUAGGCCUUCAGGCAAUCGCCAAUAAGGCAGCUGAGCAGGCUGAGCACUCGUCAAUACGGUUCGAACGACGAGGGGCCACAGAGGGCGCGGGUCGCCCAAGAUAUCUGACUCGCCCUCGU